AUGGACAACAUCGACGAGGAAUAUGACCGGCUUGUCGAACACCUUCACGACUGCGCGAAGAAGGCUGAGAGUUUUAAAACCACCAGGAGGCGCCUGUCUCUUGAAACUCUUGAGCUGAUACGCCAGCGUGGAGCAGCACGAGCCGCAGGGAACCAAGAACUCACGUCCGAGCUCGCAAGGCUUUGCCGAGAGGCGAUAAAGGAAGACCUUAAAGAGAGAAGAGCAGAAGUGCUGGCUGAAGCUGCAGAGGCGGGGAAAAGCAUCCGCUAUGCCCGUCGAGACUUCGCCAGUCGCAAGACGAGGAUGACUGCUCUCCGGAACCCAAAGGGAACAGCCAUUGCAUCGAGAAGGGGGAUGGAGAAAAUCAUCUACGACUUCUACUCUGAUCUCUUCGACAGCCAUGUCCACUUGCCUCCUCACCAUCUGAGGGAAGAUGGACAAGUCAUUCAGAGGUUCUCCCGUCCGAAAUACGACAUGCUAUCAUGUCGGAUUGAAAAAGUCUUGGAUGAAGGACAGCCAUGCGAGCAAGCAGGGUUUCGAAAAGGAUUCAGCACGAUUGACCACAUUCACACUGUUUCGAAACUCAUCGAGGUAUCACGAGAGUACAAGAUGCCGCUCUGUCUCACCUUCAUCGACUUAAAGAAGGCUUUCGACUCGGUUGAGACGGAAGCGGUCGUGGAAGCCUUGGACAACCAAGGCGUCCCUACUCAAUAUAUAAAGGGUGAUACAAUUUCACCCAAAAUAUUCACAGCCACCCUCGAGAACGCAAUGCGAAAGUUGGAAUGGGACGACAUGGGAGUGAAGGUUGAUGGUCGGCAGCUACACCAUUUGCGCUUUGCUGAUGACAUCGUACUGGUAACACCUAGCAUCAGCCAAGCGGAACGAAUGCUGACCGAAUUCGACGAAACAUGUGGAUGCAUCGGUCUUCAGCUGAAUCUACAAAAGACGAUGUUCAUGCGGAACGGAUGGGUCUCGGAUGCCCCAUUCACGCUCAACGGAACGAACAUAUCCGAAUGCACCAGCUACGUUUAUCUGGGUCGGGAACUGAACAUGAUGAACGACCUGACCCCGAGCUGGGCAGGAGGAGACGAGCGGCGGGGAGCGUACAAGAGCAUCGAGGAUGUAGUGAAGAAGACCAGGAACACCCGGCUCCGUGCUCACCUCUUCAACACCACCGUACUUCCUGCUUUGACUUAUGCUUCGGAAACCUGGGCAUUUCGCAAGCAGGAAGAAAACGCGGUGAGCGUCAUUGAACGCGCAAUUGAGAGAGUGAUGCUAGGAGUAUCCCGUUUCACGCAAGUGAGGGACGGGAUUCGAAGUUCCCUCCUACGUCAGCGAUCGAAGAUUAGAGACGCCGCCGCGUUUGUCAAGGAAAGUAAAAUAAGGUGGGCCGGACACGUGAUGCGCUUUGAUGACAACCGUUGGACCAGAGCCGUGAGCGACUGGGUUCCCCGCGAUAUUAAGCGCACUACAGGAAGACCGCCGACCCGAUGGUCAGAUUUCUUCACGAAGUCCUUGAAAGAAAAAUAUGAUGCUCUUCGUGUCCCACGCGAAAGGAGGAACCACUGGGCUACUCUGGCACGCGAUCGGGACAAAUGGAAGAAUUACUGGCGCCCGCUCGACCAGUUCGAAGAUCAACGGGAGUCAAGGUGA